AGGAGAGGAAUGGAAGAGGGAGAGAGGGGAACAAAGGUCUGGGAGAGAAGAAGUCGGAUCGAUUUGAGUGAGACUGGAAGGAGAAGGAGGCCAGGGGGAGAGGCAGAGAGAAAUAAAGUGCGAGAUGGUGAAUGAGAGGGAUGCCCCUCGAAUGGUGCAGUCCUCUAGCCCGCUUCAUAUCUUGAAUAUCUGCAAAAACAUCUGACGGUGAAGUUGAACACAUAUUGUAAACUUGGAAAAAGUGUGACUGCUAAGACCCAUGACUGGCGCCUCCUCCACGGUGUAUCGCCAUGGAGACCGAUCACCAAUCCAUACAUUCAAAACAGAUCCAUAUAAACCGAAGGAUUGGCCGCAAGGCUUUGGACAGCUUACACAGGUUGGGAUGAGGCAGCACUAUGAGCUGGGCCAGUUUCUGCGAGAACGUUAUAAAGAUUUCCUCAACUCCUCGUACGACCGGCAAGAGAUUUACAUUCGGAGUACAGAUAUUGACCGGACUCUGAUGAGUGCUGAGGCAGAUUUGGCUGGUCUCUACCCUCCACAUGGACAACAGGUCUUCCUUACCAAUCUUAAUUGGCAGCCAAUCCCUGUGCAUACAGUACCAACAACAGAUGACAGGUUGUUGCUGUACCCAUUGAAAAACUGUCCUCGCUUUGAGCAGUUGCAGAAUGAGACGAAGAAUUGCUGGGAAUACAAGAAGACCAUGCAGGAUAACCAGGACUUCCUGAAGACACUCGCUAAAAACACUGGAACUCCCUUUGCAAACAUGUCACUGUUUGAUCUGUGGAUGAUUUACGAUGCUCUGUUCUGUGAGCAAGUUCACAACUUCACACUCCCAUCCUGGGCCACACCAGAGCAGAUGGAACACUUGAGACAACUGAAGGAAUUUGGCAUCAUAUCUGAGUUUGGACUCUACCAGACAAAGCAGAAGUCACAGCUGCAAGGGGGUGUGCUCCUCAAACAAAUCCUUGAAAAUGUUACCCGUUCAAUAAAUGAGACCAAUUCCACUCCCCAUCUCAAAAUGAUCAUGUACUCAGCGCAUGACACCACUAUCAUUGCCCUUCAAAUGGCUCUGGGUAUUUACAGUCUUGCUCCAACAUAUGCUGCCUGCCACAUAUUUGAGCUUUACCAAGAGACAAAUGGAUCCUACACUAUGGAGAUGUACUACCGAAAUGAGAGUAAUUCUAAGCCAUACCUUCUCACUCUGCCAUCUUGCACUGAGAAGUGCCCCUUACACAAAUUCAUUGAAAUUGCUGCAGAGGUGAUCCCAAAGAACUGGGCAAAGGAAUGUGAACUUCACCGCAGCACCAUCCAAAUUGAGCUGCUUCUGGGCCUGGUUGUGGGCUCUUGCCUUCUGCUAGUGUUCAUUGUCUUGUGUGUAAAACUCCAGUGUCAAGACAAAGAUGAAACUCUGGGCUAUCAGAAACUCGCCUCCCAUUGUGAAGAGAGUGAGAAAAUGCCCCCUGUCUGAACAAAACAAGCAAGAGCUGGAGCCAUCCAAAGCCCACGGGGAGGGAACUGGAGGCUGCUUGCUUUAAGUGAGCUUUGUUUGGUGUGAUGAGCAGGAGUUUUAACUCUUUUUCUAUCUCCUUGAUCAUAAAAGUGAGUGUUUUAACUUCAAAAUUGAGCAUUAAUUUGGGAAAAAAACUUAAGUCAUGGACGGGAAACUUGAUGAUAAUUCUGUUUAAAGUUUUGUAAUGAAUUGAAUGUGAUUUUUAAGAAAUUA